AUGAUGUCUUGCCUCGCGAGAUGCCUUGUGGCCUCCCUGUCCGUCGUGGUCCUCGCCGUGGUCUGCUUGCCAUCCCGCGGCGAGGCCAUGGGCCUGCCCCAGCCACCGCCGGACCUCAACUUCACCGUCGCCGUCGAGGGCAUGGUCUGGUGCAAGAGCUGUCGGUACGCCGGCUACGUCCGGUCCAUGGACGCGUCGCCUCUACCGAAUGCUGCGGCGCUUCUGCAGUGCCAGCGUGGCGACGACGGCAGGGCGGUGUCCGUGUGGAACACCACGGACUCCGGCGGCUACUUCCUGAUCCUGGCGGAUUGGCAGUCGGCGGCCUUUAAGAGCAAGGACUGCAGAGUCAAGGUGUACGUGCCACGGUCGCCGGCGCGCGGCUGCACAGUGGCCGUCAAACCCAACCCGAAGGGGGCGCCGCUCAAGUUUCGAAGGUUCGUGCCGCUCUCCGGCGAGAUGCAGGCGCGCUAUUCGGCCGGCGACUUCACAUUCGCGCCGGAGAACCCCGCCAAGUGCUAA